AUGCCAACUGUCUCCACUGUCAAUCUCACAGCACCACUCCUCCUCCUGUUGCUAUGGGCAACCCACCCCACCAUGGCAACCAACUGGCUCUCCCUGGCGAGGUUACCUCGCUCCAGGCCUGUGUCCGGUGCUGCCCCAUGUGCACGGCUGAGGGGGCUGACCCCAGGGCAGGUGGGGGUGUGCAGGGCGCGGGGGGAGGUCAUGGAGUCCGUACGCAAGGCUGCCGAGAUGGUCAUAGAAGAGUGCCAGCACCAGUUCAGGAAUCGCCGCUGGAACUGUUCCACCACCCCACGUGGGAUCAAUGUAUUUGGCAGAGUCAUGAACCAAGGCACUCGUGAGGCGGCCUUUGUACAUGCUUUGUCCUCAGCAGCCGUGGCAGUGGCUGUGACCCGAGCCUGCACCCGUGGGGAGCUGGAGAGGUGUGGCUGUGACAGGAAGGUCAGGGGGGUCAGCCCUGAGGGUUUCCAGUGGUCAGGGUGUAGUGACAACCUGUCCUAUGGUGUGGCUUUUUCCCAAACAUUUGUGGAUGAACCAGAACGAGCAAAAGGGCUGUCAGCAGGGCGACCACUUAUGAAUCUCCACAACAACGAGGCUGGGCGGAAGGCCAUCCUUCACAACAUGCAGGUGGAGUGUAAGUGUCAUGGCGUCUCUGGAUCCUGCGAAUUGAGGACUUGCUGGAAGGUCAUGCCUCCAUUCAGGCGUGUCGGCGCUGUGCUCAAGGAACGCUUUGACGGAGCCACAGAGGUCCGCCUGACUCGUAUAGGAUCCAGAACAGCCCUGCUCCCCCGUGACCCCCAAGUCAAACCCCCUGCUGCCAGAGACCUUUUGUACCUUGCACCCUCCCCAGAUUUCUGUCAUCUCGACCCUGACAACGGUAUCCCUGGGACAGCUGGUAGGAGAUGUAAUGGAACUUCUCGGCUGGCACCAGAUGGCUGUGAGCUGGUGUGCUGCGGUCCAGGGUACAGGGCGGGCCGAGCUGAGGUGGUGCAGCGUUGUUCCUGCAAGUUUUCCUGGUGCUGCUCGGUCCGCUGCCAGCAGUGCAAGAACACAGUCACUAUUCACACCUGCAGAGUGUAA